AUGGUUGGGACUAUCACCACGAAGCUGCGCAAAGAAUCUGAGCUGACCCUUGGAACAGCGAUCUAUACCACAAUUGGUACCAUUUGUGUCGCGAUCGCCAUCUUUACUGUCGAUAGAGUCGGUCGUCGAACAAUGUUCCUCAUCGGGUUCCCAGCCCUAGCCGUCUGCCUCCUCCUCGAAGGCAUCCUCCAAUGGCAAUAUCUCGGCACGGACAACAAAGGUGGGCUGGCAGGCUGCGUGCUGAUCAUCUACGUCUACAUCGUCAUGUUCCAAUGCGUCGAUGGUCCGUCGUUCAUCUGGAUGUCCGAAAUCUUUCCGACAAACAUUCGAGGUAGAGGGAUCGGCCUGGGAUUCUUUUCGUACUUUGUGGGUGCGAUUACAUACACCACGCCCUCAGCGCUGGCGUUUAAGAACAUGUUCUGCGACGAACGGCCACUCAGCCACCGGGGAGGAAUUGCCAUUUACGCCUUCGCUAACCAUUUUAUUCCCGAGGACAGAAAAUACCGCAUAUACUUCCUCUACAUGGGACUCUGCCUCAUCUCCACCGUCAUCGUGUACUUCUACAUCCCCGAAACGAAGCAGAUCCCGGUGGAGGAGAUCGGGGCCCUGUUUGGCGACGAGGUCAUCGUGCAUCUGACUGAGGACGGACAUGGGAUCGUCGAGGAACAAAUGGAGCUGAAGAAGAUUGCGGGCGAAGACGUUACCGUCACAGAGGUGGUGCAUACUGAGAAAGUGUAG